AUGCUGUCGGGCACCCAGGCAGCGCCAGUGGAAUUCGAGGACGCAGAGCUGCGGUGUCGCGUGGCUGUGGAGGAGCUGAGCCCCAGCGGGCAGCCGCGAAAGCGCCAGGCCCUACGCACCGCGGAGCUGAGCCUGGGACGAAAUGAGCGCCGCGAGUUGCUGCUGCGGCUGCAAGCGCCUGGGCCCGCGGGGCGGCCGCGCUGCUUCCCUCUGAGGGCGGCGCGCCUCUUCACGCGCUUCGCAGCGGCCGGGCGCAGCACACUAUGGCUCCCAGUCGACGGCGCUCCCCGCGCGGGCGCUGUGCAGCUGCUGCUCUCCGACUGCCCCCCCGACCGCCUGCGACGCUUCCUGCGCACGCUGCGUCUCAAGCUGGCCGCAGCCCCGGGCCCUGGACCGGCCUCCGCCCGCGCACAGCUGCUUGGCCCGCGGCCCCGAGACUUCGUCACCAUCAGCCCAGUGCAGCCGGAGGAGUUGCGGCGCGCGGCGCCCACCGGCGUCCCGCACGCCACGCCCGUGAAGCGGCCGAGGGAGCUCCGGGCGAGAUCUGAGCCCAGCAACGAAGCCCCAAAGUGGCCCUUGCCUGUGAAGAGGCUGAGCUUGCCCCCAAGCAAACCACAGCUUUCUGAAGAACAGGCUGCUGUGCUGAGGGUUGUCCUGAAAGGCCAGAGCAUCUUCUUCACUGGGAGUGCAGGGACAGGGAAGUCUUAUCUGCUGAAGCGUAUCCUGGGCUUGCUGCCUCCCACAGGUACUGUGGCUACUGCCAGCACUGGGGUGGCAGCCUGCCACAUCGGGGGUACCACUCUCCAUGCCUUUGCAGGCAUUGGCUCAGGCCAGGCUUCUCUGGCCCAAUGUGUAGCCCUGGCUCAGCGGCCAGCUGUGCGGCAGGGCUGGCUGAACUGCCAGCGGCUAGUCAUUGAUGAGAUCUCCAUGGUGGAGGCCGACCUGUUUGACAAGCUGGAAGCCGUGGCCAGAGCUAUCCGGCAGCAGAACAAACCAUUUGGAGGGAUCCAGCUCAUCAUCUGUGGGGACUUCCUGCAGCUGCCACCUGUAACCAAGGGCUCCCAGCCCCCAAAGUUCUGCUUUCAGGCCAAGAGCUGGAGAAGAUGUGUCCCAGUGACCCUAGAGCUGACUGAGGUGUGGAGGCAGGCAGACCAGACCUUCAUCUCUCUGCUGCAGGCUGUCAGGCUGGGAAGGUGCUCAGAUGAAGUGACCCACCAGCUCCAGGCCACAGCCUCCCAUAAGGUGGGGCGAGAUGGGAUUGUGGCCACGAGGCUUUGCACUCACCAGGAUGAUGUGGCCCUCACCAAUGAGAGGCGACUGCAGGAACUGCCAGGUGAGGUACACAGCUUUAAGGCCAUGGACAGUGAUCCCGAGCAAGCCCGAACCCUGGAUGCCCAUUGUCCUGUUAGCCAGAUCCUUCAACUAAAGCUGGGGGCCCAGGUGAUGUUGGUGAAGAACUUAGCGGUGUCCCGAGGCCUGGUGAAUGGUGCCCGUGGGGUGGUUGUUGGGUUCGAGACAGAGGGGAGAGGGCUGCCCCAGGUGCGGUUCCUGUGUGGAGUCACCGAGGUCAUCCAUGCUGACCGCUGGACGGUGCAGGCCACUGGCGGCCAACUCCUCAGUCGGCAGCAGCUGCCCCUCCAGCUGGCCUGGGCAAUAUCUAUCCACAAGAGCCAGGGCAUGACCCUGGAUUGCGUGGAGAUCUCUCUGGGCCGAGUGUUUGCCAGUGGCCAGGCCUAUGUGGCCCUUUCCCGGGCCCGCAGCCUGCAGGGCCUGCGUGUGCUGGACUUUGAUCCCAUGGUGGUUCGCUGUGACCCUCGUGUGCUGAGCUUCUAUGCCACUCUGCAGAGGGACAGGGGCCUCAAGAUGAAGUCUCCAAAUGAUGAUGAGGCAGCCUCAGACCAAGAGAAUGAGGACCCAAACCUUUGA